UAUUGACAUAGCAACCAGUCGACAUAGCCACGGACUUUCUUCUGCUUGUGCGAGUUUUUGCACUCUCUUCUGUUUGUAAACUCCUGAACCUUACUGUCGAAUGCUGCGAUGAAUGGGGCAGUGAUAAAAAAGACCCAGGACACCCUGGGCAAAGUGAUAAAGAAACCGCCUCUGUCGGAGAAACUGCUAAGCAAGCCACCGUUUCGAUACCUACACGACAUCUUCAGUGAGGUCAUCAGGACCACUGGGUUUAUGAAAGGCCUGUAUGGUGAAAAUGAAAUGAAGUCUGAUAAUGUUAAGGAUAAAGAUUCAAAGAUAGUCUUCCUCCAGAAAGCAAUAGAUGUGGUGAUGCUGGUCAGUGGCGAGCCUCUGGCAGCAAAGCCAGCACGCAUCGUAGCCGGCCAUGAGCCUGAGAAAACCAAUGAGCUGCUGCAGGCCAUCGCCAAGUGCUGCCUCAAUAAGUUGUCUAGUGAUGAUGCAGUGAAGCGAGUGCUUGCAGGAGAAAAAGUAGAUGUCAAGACCAAGGCCAGCACCUCCAGGUCUCAAGACAAGGAAAACAGGGAGGGACGUGAACGUCAUGUUGACAGAGAGGAGAAGAAGAGGAUUACAGAGCGCAGUAGAAGUGGGGACCAGAAGGACCCAGAUCUGCACAAAGAACAGGAAGGCCGUCGCAGAGAUGGAGAGAAAGAGCACCACAGAGACAGAGAGCGCUCUGAUAAGCACCACCGCCAUGAACAGGACCACCACGCCAAAGAUCGGGACAAAGACAAGAGCCGGGACCGGGAUCGAGACAAGGAUAGAGACAAAGGACGAGUCAAAGAUAGGGACAAAGAGAAAGAUAGAGCAAGAGAUCGAGAAAGAGAAAAAGACAAGGAUAGAGACAGAGAAAGGGAAAAGACUAGAGAUAAAGAUUCUCAUAGAGACCGGGAAAGAGACAAGGACAAACGGAGAGACAGAGAUAAAGAUUGGGACAAGGACAGAGAGAGACACAAACAUGGAGAAGAGAAGAACAGAAAUGGGGAGAUAAGCAAUAGCAGGGUCAGAGCAUCAGAAGAACCUCACCAAGGCACUUCUGAAGAGCCUAGCAAAACAGCCAAACCUGUGCCAGCAGAUACUGAACCAGCUACAGAGCCCGUGGAUGCAGCUGAGAACCAGUCUGAUAGUCCAGCUAGAAUACCUCGGCCUUCAUCGGCCAAAGGGCAACGCCGGAGACCCAAAAUAGGAAGCCAAGAUGAGUCUGACAGUGAAGGAGAGGGAGAGGCUCAGCUAACCCAGAGACCUGUUCCACUGGAAAAUGGAGACACUGCAGGCUCCUCACAUGAGACCACCUCUAGGAGAAUACCACGGCCCAGCAGUGCUCGCCCUGCCCCUCCCCGAGUCAAGAGACAAGAAAGUACCACUGAUGUGACCCCAGCUGAGAGGCUGUCAAGUGCCAAGCCAUCUGCUCCUGUUAUCAUGGAUGGAAAGAGGCUGUCUGAGGAUGAAGACGAUGAAGAUGAGCAAUUUGUUGUGGAGGAGGCAGCCCCUCUGCCUUCAGAUGCUCCUGAGAUGGAUGUGGGGCCUGCACAUGAACUCAACGGUGAAGAAAAACAUGGUGGCCUUGUGAAAAAGAUACUUGAAACCAAAAAGGAUUAUGAAUCAUCCCCAUCCUCUCCAAAAUCCAAAGAACAGAAUGUGGUGUCAGAAGCAGCACAGAAGAAAGAGCGGGACCUGGUGACGCGAGAGAUUGAGCGGCUCCGCUCAUCCACCCAGACGGUUUGUCGCAGCACUCUGCCUUUAGGCAAGAUCAUGGACUACAUACAAGAAGAUAUGGACGCCAUGCUGGCUGAGCUGAACACCUGGAGGAGGGAGAACAAAGAACUUGCACAAGCUUUGCUGCAGGAGCAGAGAGCCACUGACAGGGUUGUGGAGCCUCUGAAGGUAGAACUAGCAGAGCUGGAGCAGCUCAUCAAGGACCAACAGGACAAGAACUGUGCAUCAAAAGCCAACAUACUAAAAAAUGAAGAGAAAAUUCAGAAAAUGCUGGCUGGAAUCAACUUUGCUUCCAAAAACUGAAGUGAGAAACAAAGUCUGACAUAAAAUCUUUGUCAAUAAUGCACUGAAGUUUUAGUGGUGAACAGUUUCUUGUUCAUAAAGGUGGAAGAACUGUUUUUUGGAGAUGAUAGGACCAAAUACUGCACUUUGAAGGGGUUUGUUACAGAUGGACCCAAAAAACAUAUCAGACAGCAUCAUUUAGAUGAUGUUGGUUAAAAGAAGCUCAAUAUGAAGCUUGCCCCAAUUUAAAAGAACAAACAAAAUAUUUCUUCCUGCUUGUAACACUUAUCAUACCCCUUUUCCAUAACAGUGCCUUUUUAGAGCGAGCUGGUGUGCAGCCCAUGACUUGAAUGUUAGACUAGAUAGUCCUAAUUAAUGCCCAAUUCAUGAAGAUAUACUCCAAAUACUCCAACAGUAAAUACAUAACGGUUCGAUUUGCUGUACACUCAGCAAUCAAUACAGAAAAGUUUUAAAUAAAUAUUAGUGGAAAAAACAGUUCAUAAAUGUUUGGCACAUUAUUUUGAUUUCUUCCAUUGCCUCAUUUCUUGUUACCUGGCUAUAAAAGACUAUGGAAUAAUUUUGUAAUUUUGUAUUGGCAAAAUUAAGCAGUCGUUACUGUUUCCCUUGAGGAGUAAUGCUCCUCGUCUUAGUUUUGCUGGAGUAGCCAUGCUGGCAUUACUACACCCACAACCACAGUCUGACAUCCAGCUGGCUAAUCAUAGGAGAGAAGUUCAAAUAAAUUUGCUACAUUUGUACUUCACGACUCUUGGCAUGUCCUGGUGGCCUAAUGGACGAAAAUACUACAUGAUUAUGACCCCUCUGAUGCCCUUCUAGAUUGUGGUGCUAGGUGUGGUGCAGCACCAGUGAUUGUUUGAGCAUAUGUCAUGAACAGUGUUGGGGUAACGCAUUACUGAUGAGUUACAUUUAAAAGUAACGCUACCCAGCACUGGUCUUGAACGUAUUGACUCACUGAGUAAAAUAAAUAGGCAUAAUAUCAAAAGGUAUCAGACUUUGAAGAAAAAGCAAGCAUUUAUCCUAUCACAUACAGGCACAACUGCAAGAGGUUUCUCUUAAGGAUGUCAAGUUUUUCAACACUUUGAUUCUUUUUCGAUACCAUUUUCUUUAACAACAUCUAUUAUUUUUAUGUUUGAGAGUACUGAAAGUACCAAUAUUUUAAAGAAAUAACGUGUAUACACACAGCUACACAUAAAUACUAGGAAUGGGAAUCACUAUUGGCUCCACGAUACAAUAUUAUGAAGAUUCUUGGGUCACGAUUCGAUAUUGCGAUUUUACGCAUUUCGCAAUACAGUGAGUAUUGCGAUACAAUAUAUUGUGAUUUAUACCACUUUUUUCAACUGUUUGGCUGAUUUAGUAUUAGUCUUGCCCUCAUGUUUUUCAUAUUUUCACAGUAUUUUAUUUUCAUGUAGCACUUCUUGCAAACCCCAUGUGUCAUGUCCAUGUUGUUCGUGUCCUACUUCUUUUCCUGAUGUCCUUCCCCUGGUGCUGCCAUGUUUGUUGUACUAACUUUCUCAUGCUCUAUGACCGUCACCUCUACCGACCUCACCGGACAAACAAUUGUCCAAACAAUUGAUUUUAAUUUCUCCAUUAUCAUAGACUUCAGUUCAUAUUAGCAAUCAAUUUGAAAGAAUCGAUACUUGGUGGUCUGGAUGAUAUGAUACAUCACCAGACAAAAUAUUGCGAUUCUGUGCUGUAUUGAUAUUUUUUCCCCACCCCUAAGAAAAGCAUAUAUAUUUCAACCUACAGAUGCAAACAGAGGGGGUGCUCGCAGUGAUGGGCAAUGAAAUGAGUGCCUGUGCUGUUGUCCUGUUGCUAAUAAAAGAGCAGUGAGAAGGAGAGAGAUGUAAUUUCUUCAGUGUUUCCUAAAGGAUCUAGAAACACAGCAAAAACCUCUGCAGAGGCAUGAAGGAAGAUUCAGGACUCGUUUGACUGAGGCUGACUAAUGCUACACGCAGCAUGCCUCUCUGCUCUGGCCGCUACCCUUGCUGACCUUUUCAUUAGCUGCUCAGCAAAUAUGUUUUAUUGAGUCUGUCUAUCUAACGUCUUUUUAAAGAUGCAUGGAUCUUUAAAGACAGAAAGAGAACAGAGGGGAGAGACAGCGAUGUCUAGUGGUCCAUAAACGCUUUCCUGCACAUCCUAAUAAUAGCAGCGUCAUUCUUCUUCAUAAAAACUGAUACCCCUAAAAUUACCUCAACAUGGAAAAAAAAACAAAUAAAAUACACAAGGCAGAGUCACUGCGUAAACUUCUGCUGGUUUCUUCCAGAGAACUCAGAGAAAAUAUUUGAUUUUAGGUAUGCUGAAUACAUUAUUCUUUUGGAAAAUUGUAUUUAUUUUGCUUUUUAUUACCAUAAACAGUGUCAUCUUUGGGUAUGUGUUACUGCUCAGUGAACCUUUCUUAUGUGCAUGUGGGAAAAAAAUAAUAUAAUAAGGUUAAAUUAAGCAGGUUUUGGUAUCCAGGAGAUCAUUUCUUAUUGCUGUGGUAUCAAAACAGGUAUCUGUAUUGUUUAAUUUUAGCUCAUAUUAUAUCAAAAUUUAAAAUUCAGGUAUUGUGACAAUACUAGUCUCUACUAUGGGUAUGAGAUUCAGUCAGGUUUUGGUCAGAUGUCUGCUUCUUGUGAGCACCUUCAUUUCUUUAUAGAUUAGAAAUAAUAAGACAUUAUUUUACUAGCUUUAUUUUGGCUUUAAUUGAUGUGCUUAACAGAUGUAGCCUGUAUGACAAUAUGAAGCAAUACUUUGCUGAUAUCUGCAGUUAAAGAUUAAAGAGUUGGAAAUGCCAGUCAGAAAGCACUGUCACAGUUUCCCUCACAAUCCCAACAAUUCCAGCCCAAUAUUGUCUAAUGAAAUAUAACAACAGAAGCAAACCUGUAACUGUGGCCCAUGUCACUGUUUUAUAAAUGCAGUCAUUGUUCUAAAGAAGUGGUUUAUAUGUACCGUACUGUGAUGUGUAGUGCAGUUGCUACCUCUGAUGGUUCCUCUGCAGAUCUGUAGACCAGAGGAUGAUAACUGCCAUCAUUUACAGGGAAUUAAUACACACUUGCCAUGCUGUCCUGGUUGGACUUAUGAAUGUAAUCCUUUACUUCCCUUUAUUUAAUGAUAGGAGGUUGUGACAAAACUAGUUAGAAUUCUCUAAAUGUGACAGUCCAGAAGAAAUGGUUUUUUCACUACCAUAGCAUUGCUUUUUCCUUAUGUUGAUUUUUUUUUUAAUAUUCUGUUGAAUAUUCAACAGAGACAGGAGAACUGGAAAAUCCCUCAGGUUUUAUGUGUGAUGGAGCAGCAUAGCCUGUGAGUUUCAUAAAUCAAAAUAGAGGACAUUUUUAAGAAUAAAACAGCAUAAAAGAAUCACAAAUGACGCUUCAUGCUUAUACACUAACAUUGCAUUUGAAGACCAGUUAGUUAUCUAAAACUGCAUUUAUUUUAACAAAGAUUAAACAUAAAUAUAGCUAGAAACAGCUGAAAUAGUCAAACAGCCAGUGUGCAGAAAUUUAUUGUGUUGACUAUUUAUUAGGAGGAACUCUUUCAUGGACAUAUUUAAAGAAAAUACUCCCAAUUUCCCUGUUUGUUAGGUUUUCACUAUUAUUAUUCACAGUCAAACUUAUUCAGUCUGGUUUUUCUUUAAUUUUCAUAUCAGUAUUAUGUUUAGUCCAUCACCUACAAGUGUGAACAGUACCCGACCCUUGGAGUUAAAUUCUUGUCUGCAAAACUCUGGGAAGCAUGAGUCCUGAAUGUUACUGUACCUGAUAUGAACGCACUAUUUACACUGUAAACUAUUUGUAUCAUUGCCUCCAUUUCACUUUAACUGUACAUAUUGUACAUGUGAAGAUUGUAUUAUAGUUAAAUAAUUAUAUAAUUUUGUA